AUGGACUCCUCCCACUAUGCCACCCGUGCGAGGCGCGGCUCGGUUGGCACUACCCAACUGUUUGACAACAUCGUGUCCGGCUCCAACUUCGACCGCGAUGAGGUGGACCGACUGCGUAAACGGUUUAUGAAACUCGAUAAGGACGCCUCCGGGGCAAUCGAUCGCGACGAGUUCCUCUCGCUCCCCCAAGUAUCCUCCAACCCGCUCGCCACGCGGAUGAUCGCGAUCUUCGACGAAGACGGCGGUGGCGAUGUCGAUUUCCAGGAAUUCGUGACCGGGUUGUCGGCAUUCAGUUCCAAGGGCAACAAGGAGGAGAAACUGCGGUUCGCGUUCAAGGUCUACGACAUCGACCGCGAUGGCUACAUCUCCAACGGCGAGCUGUUCAUCGUGCUGAAGAUGAUGGUCGGCAACAACCUGAAGGAUGUGCAGCUGCAGCAGAUCGUCGACAAGACUAUCAUGGAGGCCGACAAGGAUCGCGAUGGGCGAAUCAGCUUCGAGGAGUUCACCGAUAUGGUCGAGAAUACGGACGUGAAUCUAAGCAUGACCCUGAGUACGGCGCCCUCCCCGUCCCCUCGUUAUUCACCACGCUGA